UAAAAAAAAUACAUUCGACACAUACUUUGACUCAGUUUUACCUGUUUUAGUUAUUCAAUAGUCAACUGCAUAUACUAGUUAAUUUUUACUCAUUUUGGCUUUUUAUUUAUUUAUUUAUUUUUGCUGUUUUUCUGCGUCCGUUUUGUCAAUCAACUACUUCUCAACUACGUCGCUGGAAAAAACAAUUGUAGAUUUUAAAAAUUCCAAACCCCUCUUAUUUCCCCCACUUUGAUCGACAGAGGGCGCCAAGCAUUCAGGCGUCACAGUGCGUGUGCGUAUCCGACCCACGUGUGGAGACACACUUCCUGCGAGUGUGUUUAACCUGGAAACUAAUACAUUUGAAGCUGUGUUUGGGAGUUUGGAGUUUAAGCAAUGGAGGAUUUACCUUCGGAUCUCAGGGGCUUUCUUCUCAACCACCCGUUUCUUCAACUCACGGACGGCAAAAAGAUCAAAUGCACGCUUAACGGACACGAGUUUCCAUGCAGCCUAACAGAGCUGCAGAAGUUCACGAAGGGGAAGAAGUAUGAGAAACUGAGUGCAACGGCAGAGUUCAACUACAGCCAGUAUGAGCCACACAUUAUUCCCAGCACAAAACAGCCCAAACAGCUCUUCUGUAAGUUGACCCUCCGACAUCUCAACCGGCAGCCACACCACGUCCUCAGACAUGUCAACGGGAAACGUUUUAAAAAGGCUCUCUCCAAAUAUGAAGAGUGUGUGAAGCAGGGAAUUGAAUACAUUCCAGUCAGACUCACACAGAAAAAGCCCAAGGAUAUCGGAGAUGACAUCAGUCCAAGGAGGCCGUCGAAACACGGGGGCAACGCGUGGGAACCGUCCUCCAGUGACGAUGACCACAGUGACUCUGAAGACAGCAUGAGUGACCUCUACCCUUCUUCCAUCUUCACAUUAAAAAACACAAGUGAAGAAAUGGUACAAGAUGAAGAACAUAAAGAGGAGGAGGAGGAAGACGACUUCCAAACAGACGAAGAUGAGGAAAUGGAGGUGGAUGAACAGGUUACUUCGAAACGCAAAAAGGUGCAGGACGGAGGUUUUCAGAAGAAAUUCAGGAAUAAUAACUGGAAAUCUGGACGCAAGAAAACUAAGAAAUUACAAAAUGGGAAGUGAAAACGAACCAAACCAGUUCAUUAAAAAACUGUUUUCUGGCAGUUUCCCUGAGGAACAUUUUUAUGAAAUAGAAACCUCGUUGUGAAUAAGAAAUAUUUUGGACUGUGUAGAUUGUGCUUGAGUUUGAAAGCAUAUCAGACACUGCUUUAAAAUACAAAUGAACUUGCAAA